GCUAAUGCUUCUGGAGAUAUACAAAAUGGCGCUCCAUCAUACACUGCUGCGCCUAACAAACGUCUUCAGCAAACACAGGCACAAGUUGAUGAGGUUGUAGACAUAAUGCGUACCAACGUAGAAAAGGUACUGGAGCGUGAUCAAAAGCUCUCUCAAUUGGAUGAUAGAGCUGAUGUUUUGCAAGCGGGCGCUUCACAAUUCGAAGCUAGUGCUGGAAAAUUGAAAAGAAAAUUUUGGAUGAAGAAUAUGAAGGUUGGUAUAUCACCUCUUAUGGCUACAUUACAUUGA